ACACCCCCCCCUCCGCCUGCCUGUGCCCAGAAUGAUCUACAAGUGUGCCAUGUGUGACACGGUCUUCACCCACAAGCCGCUGCUCUCCUCCCACUUCGACCAGCACCUGGUCAACCAGAGGGUCAGCGUCUUCAAGUGCCCCGACUGCCCUCUGCUCUUCGCCCAGAAGAGGACCAUGCUGGAGCACCUCAAGAACAACCACCAGCAGCAGCAGCAGCAGCCCAAGGAGGAAGCGGUCAAGAAGCCGGCCCCCUCCGCCCCCCCCAAGCCGGCCCCAGCCGAGGAGGAGCCCCCGCCACCCGUCCCCAAGGUGGCCUCCUCCUCCUCUUCCUCCUCCUCCUCCUCCUCCUCGGAGGACGACCCCCCCAGCUCCCCCGAGCUGCGCAAGAGCAAACGGGGCCGGUUCCAGCGCAAGGCGGAGAUGGGCCGGCGGUCGCGGAGCAACGGGUGGACCUGCGGCAUCUGCCACUCCUGGUUCCCCGAGAGGGACGAGUACGUGGUGCACAUGAAGAAGGUCCACGGGAAGUGUGUGAAGAAGUUCCCCUGCCACCUGUGUGAGCGCUCCUUCUGCUCCGCCCCCAGCCUGCGCAGGCACAUCCGGGUGAACCACGAGGGCAUCAAGAGGGUCUACCCCUGCAGGUAUUGCACGGAGGGGAAACGCACCUUCAGCAGCCGACUCAUCCUGGAGAAGCACAUCCAGGUGCGGCACGGGAUCAAGGUGACCGACGCCAACCGGAGCGAGGAGGUGCUGGCCACCCGCCUGGGCUCCAGGAACUCCCAGGCCUCCAGCCGGAAGCGCAAGCUCUCCUCGGACGAGGGCGACUCGUGCAGCGAAGAGCCGGACAGCACCACCCCGCCCUCCAAGACCUCCAAGGGCAGCCGGCGGUCCCCCUACCACUGCCGGAAGUGCGGCUACGUGGCCCCCACGGCGGCCGACUUCCAGGAGCACAUCCCCCGCCACCGGACAGGCGAGAACGCCCACCAGUGCCACGAGUGUGGACUCUGCUUCACCUCCCAGGUGUCCCUCAGCCGCCACCGCUUCAUCACCCACAAGAAGAAGCGGGGCGAGGGGGAGGCCAGGGGGCCCCGGGGCGGCCCCGAGGAAGGCUCCCCCCUGGCCCACGAGGGCAGCCUCUCCUGCACCGUCUGCGGCAAAGGCUUCGACACCCAGCUCAACCUCAAGACCCACUUCCGCACCCACGGCAUGGCCUUCAUCAAGGCCCGACAGACCGGGGGGGCCGAGAACUAGCCGGGCCCCGGAGCCACGUCAGAUGAGGGGGGAACGUGCCCCCCGUGGCUCCUUCCGUGGCUCGAGAGACGGAGACGCCUCGUUUGUCGUCCCAGCCCAG